UUUUGACCGCCGAACCGUUCGGACGCGAAUUUUCCGACCUUGUGUGUGAGAGUGGUGAGGAAUUUGGAGAGCGAAGGAUUUUCCCCCAACGUAGACAGUGAGAAAGCAACUUUUCUUUCGUGGGAUUCCGUUUCCCAACCCGACGCGCAACGCACGAUUGGAUUACGAGCUUUUCCGGCUCCAGUGAAAAGUUGAAGCAACCAGUAGUGGAAAAGAAGAGGGAAAACCAGACUUUUAGCACAGCACAACCGGAAGGUUCAGAACCCUCGCAAAAAAAAAUCCCAAAGUCGGUCCAAACCCCUGUUCCGGACCGGAUGUAGUUCUCAGCCGAGUAGAAGUCGAAACAUCCAAUGAAGCCUGAAACGAUAAAAACGAUAACAACGACGAAGACCGCAUCGCUGGUUCUGCUGUUGCUGGUGGUGUUGGCCGGCCAGCUGCACCCCGCGUCGGCCGUACGAUGUGACCGAACGCCGGAAGGUUCCGGCGCGAGCAAAUCCCCCGCCGAUGGGCGAUUCCGGUUGCGCAUCUCCGGCAACCCGGACAAGUACGUGCCGGGCGAGUCGUACACGAUCAGCCUGGUCGGCAUCCGGUCGAUGCAGGUGCCGCACAAAUUUUCCGGAUUCUUCCUGGCCGCCGAAAAGGAACUGUCGCUAAACCGUCCGGAGCUGCAGGGCAACAACGGUGGCAACGGUCUGCACAACGUGGGCACUUUCCACCUGUUGGGCGAUGCGCUGACCAAGUUCAGCGAGCGCUGCCCGAACGCGGUCACCCAGACCAGUUCGAUUCCGAAGAGUGAGAUUCAGGUCAAUUGGAUUGCACCUCCGGCCGGAAGUGGGUGCAUUGCGAUUCGGGCUACCGUUGUGGAGCAUCGGGACGUGUGGUACAUGGACGACGGUCCGCUGAGCAAGAUCUUCUGCGAGGACGAAGCGGAUUCGGUGGACACGCAGCCGCCGGUACUGAAGGAGUGCUGCGCUUGUGAUGAGGCCAAGUACGAGUUGACGUUUGAGGGACUGUGGUCUCGGCAUACCCAUCCGAAGGAUUUUCCGUCGAACGGGUGGUUGACCAGGUUCAGCGACGUGAUUGGAGCUUCGCAUACUGUGGACUACCGGUUCUGGGAGUACGGACAGGUGGCAAGUGAGGGACUUAAGCAGGUCGCGGAACAUGGUUCGACGCGAAUGCUUGAGAGCGAACUCAAGAAUCAGAGUGACAAGAUUCGAACGAUUAUCAAGGCACGUGGAAUCUCUUAUCCGAAUGUGACUGGGAAAACGUUUGCGGUGUUCCGGGUGGACUCCAACCACCAUCUGGUGUCGAUCGUGUCGAUGCUGGAUCCUUCACCGGAUUGGAUUGUCGGGGUGUCCGGAUUGGAGCUUUGCCUCACGAACUGCUCUUGGAUCGAGAACAAGAUAUUGAAUCUCUACCCGUGGGACGCCGGUACCGACAGUGGUCCGACAUACAUCUCUCCGGAUCAGCCAACGAAUCCUCCGGAUGCGAUCCGCCGGAUCAAGUCCAACUAUCCGAACGACCCUCGAUCGCCGUUCUACGAGCCAAGUGGAGCCGAGAUGAAGCCUCUGGCUAGGAUUUACCUGUCGCGACAAAGACUGUACGAGAAGAACUGCGACUCGGACAACGAGGAAGAAAACGAGAACAAGCAGGCCUGCGAGACGGAUUCCUGGGGUGAGUGGACCGAGUGCAGCUCGCGGUGCGGCAAGGGCAAGCAGACCCGACGUCGCACGUACAAGUACCCGAACAAGGCCAAACAAGGCGACUGCAAGAAGAAGCUGUUCGAUCGCCGUCCGUGCGUCGGAUCCGAACGGGACUGCGACUACCAGACGAGCCAGGAGCUGGACGAACGCUACCAGAGCGAUCCGGAGUGCGAGCUGACCGAGUGGGGACCGUGGAGCGAGUGCAGCACACCCUGCGGAAAGGGCAACAAGACCCGCUCAAGGAAAUACAAGAAGAAAGGAGCCCGCAAGAAGUGCGAACGGAUGCCGAAUCCACCGCUGCUGCAGCAGACUGUACCGUGCAGUGAGGAGUGCGCUGGAGAUAUUUCCCAAGCUGUUAGGAGUGCCGAUAACAACCCGAUGUGCAAGAUGACCCAGUGGUCCGAGUGGGGACCGUGCAGCGUGACGUGCGGCCUUGGUCGGCGGAUGCGAACCCGGAUGCCGAUCAGCAAGGCGCUGAACACGCGGCUGCACCACAAGCGCUUCGUCAACUAUUACCUGACGAAGCAACGACCGAGCGAAGACGACGACGAUGAGGAAGAGGACGAAGAAGAUGGGGACAACAGCCUGCAGAUCAUGGACGCGAACGAUCCGUGCUACGGCAUGGACACCGUCGAGGAGGUUCUCUGCGGACAUGAUCUGCCGGCUUGCGAUGGGCUGUACGGAGUGCCGGAGCUCUGCUUCCUGGAACCGAAGCCGGGUCACUGUCGGGAUUCGCAGACGCGGUGGUACUUUGACAGCGAAAAGAAUGACUGCUCGAUCCUGUUCUUCACCGGCUGCGGAGGCAACAACAACAACUUUAUGUCCCGCGAGGACUGUCUGGACACGUGCAGUAAAGAUCGCAAAUUCACCAACAUCCCGAUCCGCGACCAGAAGAGCAGCUCCGACUUCUCCGCCGACUUCAAGCAGGACUGCAAAACGUCCCACUGGAAGCGUGGCCCGUGCAACGCGACCUGCGGCGAGGGCUUCCGCACCAAGAGCAGAACCAUUCUCGUAAGUCCCCCACAACCCCAUUUACCAAACAUUCCUAGAUCUUACGACGACGCGAAAUUCCAGGUUCAUCCCGCCAACGGUGGCCAGCGCUGCCCGCGGAAGCUGCGCAAGCUCGAGCGCUGCUUCGUCCACUGCGACUCGUCCCGGCACGACACGAACCCGUCGUGGGGCCCCAGCACCCGCUACUCGCCGGAACCGAUCGAGUGCGAGUACUCGGCCUGGUCGGCGUGGUCACCGUGCAGCAAGACGUGCGGCGACUUUGCCGUCCAGCAGCGCACCCGGUACGUGCUGAACCCGGAGAACGCCCGGUACUGUCCGCACCGGCUCGAGGAGCGGAAAUGUGAUAUAAUGCCUUGCUUGCUGGGCAAUUGAGGAGGAGGAGGAGAAUUUUCGGGGAAGGAGGCGAGAAGAUUAUGUUUCAACUUUUCGCAAUAUUACUUAUUUUAGCGCGCACACACAAACAGACAACACACAACCAUGUAUUUAUGCACUCUUUCACGGAUGCAGUUUAAAACGCAACUUAGUUUACUGGCGAUGUUUCGACACGCCAGCAAAGUUAGAACACAUAUGAGCGGAAUUUUGACGAGCUAGACUUAGUUUGGAACGGUGACGUGGUUUUAGGAGCAGAUUAAUGUUGAUUUUAACAGCCACUUGGCUAAUGAACAGAUGUAACCAGAAAUAUCACACACACUCACAAGAUGUAAGUAAAGUAGGGAAGCAACUUUUGUACACACAUUAGAGCAGCCAAAAACAAUGCUUCAAAUUGGAACAUUCGAUGUAAUUUGAGAAAUGAACAAUAAAAAAACAACACACACAAUUGAAAAAAAUAUUCAAAACAGUGAACGAAGUUUAUUUGUAUAUAGCUAUUGGUUUUUGUGCAUGCCGAAAUAAAUAAAGCAACAAUGUAAUUCACACCUGCAUAAAACCAGAUGAAAUCAAAGUGAUGUUACAAUAAAAAUUUGGAUCGAUGGAUGGCAAUACAUAUUGGAA